CUAGGUAGGCUGCGACUAGCUUGUAUCCUUUCAAUCCAGACAGAGUAUUGAAAGACAUCCCGAAACCGCCAGCUGAAGUCCUCGUUCCUAAGACCGCCAUUACGAUCACUAACACGCAUGACGCAAUGCCUUAAACGCUUAUGACACUAGUGGCGAGAGCGCUUACGUCGUUACACGAUACGAUUAAGCAAGAUGCCGACGUGCUCGGUGAGACGAGAAUGCACAUACAGAAACUCGCAAAUGCUGCCUAAAGCGCAUUCGCUGAGCGAGUCCUCCUGAAAGACUGCAACCAAUUCUUUUUCAAGAUAAACAACGAAGCUAAUGUUCGUCAAUCGACCAGAUUAGUUAUGCCGGGAAAGGCAAAGAUAAUGAGCUUCAAAGACCAUAAAGAGGCGAAAGCGAGGCGGGCUACAAAUGAAGAUGCUAUCACAAAGAAAGAACAACGCAAUCGUAAGUGUAAGGAUCCUCCGCUACAAGUGCCCGUAGGUUCGCGAGCGGUUGAGGGUGAAGUAGUGAACGAAGCGCUAGCGACAACGAGUACUGCAACGCCAUGGAGGGCUCUAAUAGCGCGUAUGUACUAG